AUGGAAGAGGAUAAACGAAACCUAAUUUCUCAAGAAAUUAGCCUAUUCAGAGACAUUCGCAAGAAACCAGUAGAAGAAAAAGGCUCAGUUCUUCGACGAUGGAAGAGGAACUGGUUUGAUUUAUGGCUGGAUGGUAGCCUUUAUUAUUAUCAAGAUGAAAAUCGCAAUCAACUGGAAGACAGAAUCCAUCUAAAAAUAAAUUGCUUAAGUGUAAAGGUGGGAUAUGACUGCACAGGCGGAUUGCCACCCGAAGAAACCAGUAGGGAAUGUAUGCUGAUGAUUCACCUAAAAGACGGGUCAAAACUGACACUUAGUGCUGACAGCGCUGAUGAUGCACUGGCAUGGAAACUGGCUUUUCUGGAAGCAAAAUCCAAUGUGGUAUCUGUGUAUGAUCCUGCUGAUGAUCAUUAUCAAACCAUUGCUCCAAAUGCGUUUAACACCAUCUACAUCAAUCCAAGGAACUGCGCCUAUCAGUAUCCAGGAACAAGGAUGACAGGUGUGUGUUUUCAUCCGGAUCCCUGUGGCACCACAGGAGGACAGAUUGCACUGGGGAUGCUUGCUGGGGUUAUCACAGGCACUGUGCUGAGAUCACUUAUGUGGGCACCGUGUUGGUUCUGAAGUGAUGUUGCUGUUAAAGCAAUAACGUGCAAUGCUGGGCAAGUUUAAAGGACUUUAGUUACACAAGUUUAGUACCUUGGGCAUAAUUAGAAAUUAAAUAAUUAGUCGGCACUUUGGUUCCAAAUCAAAAUAAAAAAACUAAAUUCCUAAUGUAGAAUAGGAAAAAUUAAGUUUUGUGUACAAUUUUGUGUAG